AUAUAACCAUGGCAAAAGGCAAGGGAAAGCGCUCUACCGGGGCGAAUUCGAUUCCUGUGAAAGGUGGAGUCGCCGACACUAACUCCAACCCUGGAGCAGAUGCUUCACUCCAGAUCGAGGAGAGUGCAUUCGCCGGUCUCCGCCAAAAGAUUGAGCAGAGGUUGAAGGAGAGUGCAACCAAACAGAAAUCGAAGAACACCAAAUCGAACACGGCUCCCAAUGAUAGUGCGAAGAAAGAUGACAAAAAUGUUUCGAAGCCCGGCCAAAAACCAGCAGCCCAUUCCGACAAAAACGUCAAAGGGAAAAAGCGGGACCGCAACGGGGAGGUAAUUGCUAGAGAAGAGAAAAAGAAAGCUAGCAACCCCAAGCCAUCUAAGGGGGAUGAUGGAGAUGAGGCUGAUACUCUUCGACAAGAAAUCCUGGCUCUUGGGGGGACCGAGGAAGACUUUGAGCUCCUCGCCGGAGUCGAUUCUGAGGAUGAGGUAGAAGAGGUGGCAGAUACUUCAAAGAAAUCGAAAACUCGAUCAAGUGAGGAUUCUCUGCGAAAAGAGUUGUCGACUAUUCUUGCUGCCGCUGGCCAGAUUGUCCCAGAUGAUAUUGAAGAUGAGGAAGUAGAAGAGGAAGAUGAAGCAGAGGAAGAGGAGGAGGAAGAGGAGGAAUCUUCAGCGGAGAACGACACAUCCAAUGAUGAAACUGCAGUCCAGGAAAUAAAGCAGUCGAAUGCAAAGCCGCCUAAACAGGAAAUCCCUGAGCCCGUCUUCCCCAAGGAAUUCUCGAAGCUUACUGUCCGGCCGAGAUCCGAUUGGUAUAUGGCUCAACUCGCCCCCGUCUCAACAAAAAAAGCGGCUGGACUGCCUCGACAUGUGGUGGAUACGGUUUACAAGUAUGCUGUAUCACUACUUGAGAAGGAGAACAAGAUGUAUGCGGACGCCCAGCAGGCUUCGGCAUCUUCGUCUUACAAGUUCUACUCUACUAUCAUGUCAUCCGGAACUCUUAGUGAUAAGAUUUCAGCACUGACACUGGCCGUGCAGGAGUCUCCCUUGCAUAACACCAAGGCAUUGGAGAACCUCAUCGCCCUUGGAAAGAAGCGUAGCCGUGCUCAGGCAGUAGAAGUGCUUCGUUCGUUGAAAGAUAUGUUUGCCCAGGGCACCCUUCUCCCAAACGAUCGCAGAUUGCGUUCAUUUGCAAACCAACCCUCUCUUGUCGCUGCCUUCAGCGGCGCAGGAAACAGAUGGUCCGAGGGAUCUCCACUCCCAGGUGGUCUCCAAAACAGCCACUUGAUUGUGUGGGCGUACGAACACUUUCUUAAAGACCAGUAUUUCGAGGUCCUUAAAAUUCUGGAAGUGUGGUGCAAUGACGAGAUUGAGUUUUCUCGCACCAGGGCAGUGAGUUACGUCUACGAGUUGCUUAAAGAGAAGCCAGAGCAGGAAGCCAAUCUCUUGCGAUUGCUCGUCAACAAACUGGGCGAUACAUCCAAAAAAAUUGCGUCUCGAGCUUCCUAUCUGCUGCUGCAGCUUGAACAAGCUCAUCCUUUGAUGAAACCGACGGUCAUCAAGGCAGUCGAGGAAGUGUUGUUCCGGCCAGGCCAAAGUCAGCACGCCAAGUACUAUGCGAUCAUCACUCUGAAUCAAACGGUGUUGAGCUUGAAGGAGGAAGAAGUUGCAAUUCAACUGCUUGAUAUUUACUUUUCCCUCUUUGUCGCGCUGCUUAAGCCUACCAAGGAGGUUAAAUCCAAGGGAGGCAAGAAGCAUGGCAAGUUUGGGAAGAAAAACCACAAAGGAAAAGAUGCCCUCGAAAAGGGACAGGCCCAAACUGAGGAAAUGCAGGACAAGUUGGUCUCUGGAGUGUUGACUGGUGUAAACCGGGCUUAUCCAUUUACAAGCUCUGAUACUGAACGGCUGGCAAAGCACAUCGAUACUCUUUUCCGCAUUACGCACUCUUCCAACUUCAACACGAGUAUUCAAGCUCUCAUGCUAAUCCAACAGUUGACAUCAUCUCACCAGGUGUCAACCGACCGCUUUUACCGUACUCUCUACGAAUCCCUUCUUGACCCUCGGGUAGUUACCUCGUCCAAACAGCCUUUGUACCUUAAUCUCCUAUUCAAGGCACUUAAGAAUGAUGUCAAUGACCGACGGAUCAAGGCAUUUGUAAAACGAAUAGUGCAGGUCCUUGGAUUGCACCAGCCGGCCUUUAUAUGCGGUGUCUUUUAUCUGAUCCGCGAACUGGAAAAGACCUUUAUCGGUCUCCAGUCGCUCUUUGAUCAGCCGGAAGACAACGAGAGCGAUGAAGAGGAGGUAUUCAGGGAUGUUCCGGACGAGGAUGAUGAGGUGCAACCAGCGGUGGAGGAGAAACCCAAAAAGCGAUCCAACGGCUACGAUCCCCGCAAACGAGACCCCGAACACAGCAAUGCUGACAAGACUUGUCUCUGGGAAUUGCUACCUUACUUGUCCCACUUCCACCCAUCUGUGUCAGUGAACGCAUCACAUCUACUGGAGCACCAGCAGAUGAGCGGAAAGCCCGACAUGACAUUGCACACUUUGACUCACUUCCUGGACCGAUUCGUUUACCGCGCGCCCAAGGCGGCGGCAGCUACCCGCGGCUCUUCCAUCAUGCAACCGCUUGCUGGCAGCGAUGCGAAGGAUCGGUUCUUGGCUUCCGCGAAGCAGCAGCAGCAGCUACCGCUCAACUCGGAGGCGUUUUGGCGGAAGAAGGCCGAAGACGUGGCGGUGGAAGAUGCCUUCUUCCACGAGUACUUUAACCGACUCGGGAAGGAGAAGGAGAAGGCUCAGAAGAAGAAGACCGGGGGCGCCGGAGACGAGGAUGAAGAAGAUGCAGAAGAGCCCAGCGAUGCCGAGUCGGAGAUCUGGAAAGCUCUCGUUGACUCUCGACCAGACCUGGAGGCUGGAGAUGAGAGUGAAGAUGACGUUGAUCUGGACGAUUUGGAGUCUGCCUACGAUCAAGAUGAGGAUGAGGAAGGCGGAGAUGAUGAUGAAGUCAUCUUCAAUGACGAGUCCGACGAAGAUAUGGAGGAUGCUGGCGAGGUGGAGGCGGAGGAAUGGGCUGGCCUCGAGGAGUCCGCUCCGAAGUCCAAGGCUGGCAAGGGCCGGGCUACCAAGGAAGAUGAGUUCGAGGAUGAGGACGACUUCGACAUGGAUGUUUCAGACGAAGAGGCGUUCCUCGACAGCGACGAGGAACUGCCGUCGGAUCUGGAAGUCGGAGGCGGAGUGGAACUCCCGAAGGACGAGGACAAGUCGGAUCGGAAGAAGCGCCGUAAACUCAAGCAUCUCCCAACGUUUGCUUCGGUGGAUGACUACGCGGCAUUGCUUGCGGGGGAAGAUGAGGGGAUGUAAGAAGGGAAGGAGGAGAGGAAGGAGGAGGAGCAGCAGCAGUAUUUGGUAUAUUAUUUUGAUAGGUUGGUGGCUGCCUAUAGAUCAUAAAAUUCAU